AUGUGGACCCUCCAUAACCUGCAGUUCGUCUUGUUCAGUUUGAUUCACGUGUUUGGAUAUGAAGGCCGAGGUGCACGCAUAUCCUGCUCGUACGGUCAGGGUUAUGAAGACUACGAGAAGUACCUGUGCAAAGACAACUGCGGUGACAGUGACAUACUUAUUCUUACAUCACAAACGAACGGAACAAAAUAUUUCAUCUUUGACGAACAAACAACAAGAGUCUUCACGACGACCAUCGCAGAUCUUCGUUUCGCCGAUGCUGGGAAGUACUGGUGUGGGGUGAGUAGAAGCGGAAAAGACAUCUACACCGAAGUCAAGCUGGAAAUACAACCAGACAGCUGCUGCGACAAUGUGACUAAAGUCCAAGGUGUAGAGGAAGGUUCAGUGUCCAUCAUCUGUCCGUAUGAGUCCAAGUACCAGAACAACCUGAAGUACAUGUGCAGAGGAAACCAGCGCUCCACAUGUCUGCAGCAGGCGCUGAUCACCUCUAACACCAGACACAACGGACGAGUCACACUCAACGAUGACAAGAAGUCAAACACAUUCACAGUGACCGUUUUAAAUCUGACCCUGGAGGAUUCUGGGUCGUAUCUCUGUGGUGUCCAAAGAGAAACGGGACUGGAUGAUUUCUCUGCUGCUGAACUGGAGAUCAAAGAAUGGUGCUGUGUGAAAUCGAAAAACAUAAAAGGGACCUUGGGUCGUCCAGUGACCUUGCAGUGCUCUUAUCCACAUGAACAUCGCAACAACAGGAAGUUCAUCUGUAAAGGAGAGCGACGCAGCAGCUGUGAAGCCGUGACGAUGGACCAGGACAGAUUCACGCUGCACAACAUUUCCUCCAGCUUCUUCUCUGUGACGAUCACAAAGCUGGAAGCUGGUGAUGCUGGGACGUACUGGUGUAGAUCACAACCAGAGUGGGCUGUUGGAGACUACACCCAGUUUCAUCUGGCUGUAGAUAAAAGCAGCACAGUUGCUCUGUGUUGUUUAAGCGGUGCAGCAAAGCUGAUCCGUGUUUCUGGACGUGAGGGGCGAGACGUAAAUGUCUCCUGCCUGUAUCAGCAGGGCUACGAGUCGUAUGAGAAGUACCUGUGCAAGAACGACUGCAGUGAGGACUCACAUGUUUUGAUCAGAUCCACAGACGUAAAGAAGGACAGAUACUUUACACACGAUGACAAAGAGAAGCACGUCUUUGUGGUGACCAUCUCUGGUUUAACAUCCACGGAUGCUGGGACGUACUGGUGUGGGCUGACCAGGACUGGAUAUGAUAGCUACUCUGCUCAAGUAAAUCUCGAAGUACAGAAAGCGUGGUGCUGCGUGAAGACAACCUACACCAGUUCCACAGUGGGACAUACCAUCACUUUGUCUUGUCCUCAUCCACCACAACACAGACACAACAGGAAGUUCUUGUGCAAGGGAGACGACCGCAACAGUUGCAUUGAUGUGGUGACGAGUGGGAGCAGGUUCACUCUGCAGGAGGACGUCUCCUCCAGCUCUUUCUCUGUGAUGAUCACGAAGCUGGAAGAAGGUGAUGCUGGGACGUACUGGUGUGGCUCAGACUCACAGUGGAGCGUUGGAAACUACACCAAGAUUGAGCUGUCAGUGGAUAAACGUCUAAGAGGCGCCCCCUUGGAUAAACCCAAGUUACAUGCGAAGCGUUUCCGUGACAAAUACGGGUUGUAG